UGUUCUGACGCGGCGGGCGAUGGAGGAUGAACAGAGGAUGGCGUGGAAGCUGGCAGUGAUGAGGGAGAAGAAGAGAAGAGUGGAGGCGGCAAAUGCAGCAAUGCAAGAACUAGCGGAGGUGAGGACUGCCUUAACAACACAAUUGACUCUGCAAGUACAUCUCCAACGCAAAGUGGAGAUCAUCGCCCAGAGCGUUGACCGGUUAGUUAAAGUGCAAGAAAAGCACUAUGAGUUUAGUCGCAGCCAGGAGAUAUCCGUGCGUUCGAUGCGAAUGGGAUUACGGGAUUUUGCUCGCAAACUAGUAGGCGUUGUGGGAUCCGAGGCGUAUUUCCGCCUAGAGAAAGAUGGGAAGGUGGAGAAGGUCCUCCACUCCCUGACUCUCCUUGUAGAGGACAGCCUCCCGUUUGAUAUAGUAUUGGGAAUGGAUUGGGGAGAGGCAGUCGGGGCAACACUCCAUCUGAAGGAGCAUGAGUGUAGACUCCCUAGUUCUGCAGGCGAGGCUAAGACUGCCCGCCUGUUUCAUGUGUCAGGAGUAGAAAAUUCCUUGGCACAUUGCUGCCUUAGUGCCCCUGCGUUCGCCAGAUUGGUGAAGAAGGAGAAAUUAGAGGAACAGGUCUUUGUUGCCUAUGUUAGGCCCGUCACUGAGCCUACGGAAGAGAAGCCGAUGGACCCUGCGAUUGCCAAGCUGCUGGAGGAAUUUAAGGAUUUGACUCAGCCGCCGACAGGCACGGUGCCGCGGCCCAUCCAGCACCGUAUCGAGACAGAGCCUGGCAGUAGAAAUCCUAAGGGUGUUGUGUAUAGGAUGUCCCCGCGGGAGUUAGAGGAGCUUCGCAAGCAAUUAGACGAGCUCCUCGAGAAGGGUUGGAUUAGCCCCAGUUCGUCUCCUUUUGGAGCGCCUGUUCUCUUUGUUCCUAAGAAAGAGGGAGAGCUGAGAAUGUGCAUAGACUAUAGGGGUCUGAAUGCUAUUACACGGUGUAUGAAUGAUUUGUUUAGGUCGUGGUUAGACAGAUUCGAUGUAGUUUAUCUAGAUGACAUCCUAGUGUUUAGCCGGACCCUCGAAGAGCAUCACAGUCAUCUCAGGCAAGUCUUGGAGAAGCUGAGAGAAGCUAACUUCAAGAUCAAUGCAAAGAAGUGCGAUUGGGCGAAGACCCAAGUUUUGUAUCUAGGCCACGUCUUAGACGAAGACGGCGUUAAGCCAGAAGAUAGCAAGAUUGCAGCGAUUAGAGAUUGGCCCACGCCACGUACGCUGACAGAGUUGCGCUCGUUCCUGGGCUUAGCGAAUUACUACAGGAAGUUCGUAAGGAACUUCUCCACCAUCGCUGCGCCCCUUCGCAGAUUGCUGAGAAAAGAGACAAUCUGGAAGUGGGAUAAGGACUGCACGUCCGCCAUGAAGAAGCUAAAGCAGGCGUUCAUAGAGUAUCCGGUCCUUAAGGUCGCCGAUCCGUCCUUGCCUUUUGUUGUUACUACGGAUGCUAGCCAGUACGACAUAGGCGCAGUGUUACAGCAAGACGAUGGCAAUGGCUAUAGACCCGUAGAGUUCAUGUCCGCUAGGAUGCCUUCAGAGAAGGUUGCGACAUCUACCUAUGAGACGGAACUCUACGCUUUUAGGCAAGCAUUAGACCACUGGAAGCACUACUUGCUUGGGAGGCACUUCAAAGUCUAUUCGGACCAUGAAACGUUACGGUGGUUAAAGACCCAGGCCAAGAUGACACCUUACUAGGUGGGCCGCAGAGAUAGAUCAGUACGACUUCG